GUUUGUUUUAUUUUAUUCUUAACUAAAAACACUAUGUGACUAUAAUGUAUACGCAUGCAGUUCUGAUAUUGAACACAGGGUGGAGCACUAAUGCAGGAAGUGCAUUUAACUAAGCUUCUGGUGAUGAGAAUCAGGUGUGUAGAACAGGAAGCAAACGAUUCUUGACCGUGUCUUUGUGGCAGUUGUUAGCUCCGCUGGCGUGCUUGCAUCUGAAUUUGCUGAAUGGAAACAGCAACGCUGCUAUCUACCCGUGUUAUGCUCACAGCCACUCCUCAACAGCACAGUGGACCAUAAUCCAGCAGGAUACAGAAGUUAUUACUGAGUCCAGAACAAACUGAGACAGAAUGGCGUCUGGAUCUUCUCCCCUGGAAGAGGAGCUCUCCUGUCCUGUGUGCUCUGAAAUCUUCAGGGAUCCUGUUGUCCUGAGUUGCAGUCACAGCUUCUGUAAGGCCUGUCUGCAGCAGUACUGGGAACAGAAGGUAUCUCGGGAGUGCCCAGUUUGCAGGAGAAAAUCUUCUAAGGCUGAACCUCCUCGUAACCUGUCUCUGAGGAAUGCCUGUGAGGCGUUCUUAAAGGACAGAAAUCAGAGAGCUAAAGCAGGAUCUGAAGUGCUCUGCAGUUUGCACAGUGAGAAACUCAAACUCUUCUGUUUAGUGGAUCAAAUACCCGUCUGCCUUGUCUGUCAAACUUCAAGAAAACAUGCAAACCACGAACUGCUACCAGUUCAGGAGGCUGCAGAAGAGUAUAAGGAGAAACUCAGGACUGCACUGGCUCCACUGCAGGAGAAGCUAAAAGCCUUUAAUGCUGUGAAACUAAUCUGUGAUCAAACAGCAGAGCACAUCAAGAGCCAGGCCCAGCACACAGAGAGACAGAUAAAGAUGGAGUUUGAGAAACUUCAGCAGUUCCUAAAAGAUGAAGAGGCAGCCAGGAUCACUGCAGUGAGGGAGGAAGAGGAGCAGAAGAAACUGUAA